UCCGAUGCCGGUUAUGCAAAAUAAUCCUUACCGGUUUCUAUCACCACAGUUGCCAUUACCAGAUCCAGUAAACAGGCGGAAUAGAAUAGACAAUCCUGUCUCCUCAGGGGCCCUUCCAAGCCAAAGCUUAAGAAAUUAUGGAGCGUCUGGAUCCUCGGCUGAUACAGCGUUCUUUGGGAUGGUGACCGACCCGUCACCCGGGGUUUAUGAAAUGAAGAUCGGAUCUGUCACUUUUCAGGUGAAGUCCGGCGAUAUCACCAAAGAGAAGACUGAUGUCAUUGUAAAUUCUUCCAACCAAGACUUCACUCGGUGCUCAGGAGUUUCAAAAGCAAUUCUGAAUGCGGCCGGACCACCUAUUGCAUCAUCUGCUGCGGCUCUGGGUUCCCAACCUCAUAAAGGAUACGUCAUUACUGGGUCUGGAAGGCUCAGACAAAUUAUAUGGAUUCUUCAUGUGGUAGGACCAGUUACUCCAACAUCCAUCAAGAAAACCAUCCUGGAUGUCCUGCAGGAGUGUGAGAACCUUCAGGUCUCUUCUGUCACCUUCCCCGCUCUGGGAACAGGUGCGGGGGGAUUGGACGCCUCCACAGUGGCCAACUCGAUCCUCGAUGGUUUGGUGGACUUCAUCAAAUCUAAAUCGGUCCGUUCUCUUCAGACGGUGAAAGUGGUUCUAUUGCUGCACUCUAUGCUGAACGAUUUCUACAUGAGCAUGAAGACGAGAGAGGGGACCCCCCUGCCCAAAGCCAAAUCUCUCUCCAUGAGGCUCUCCGAUGGGGAUUCCCUCAAAUUACCAUCACACUGGAAGCCGAUGGGUGAGACUCGUGUGAUGGAAGUGGACGUUCCUCCAGGAACUCCUGAAUACUCCGCUGUGCAGCAGAAAUUCCAGAGAAGCUGCAUAAACCAAAUUGUGAAGAUUCUGCGAGUACAGAACAGAGAUCUCUGGCUCCAGUACCAGAUAAAGAAGCAGAACAUCGACUCCCAGAACGGAUCCACCACCAAUGAGAAAAAGCUUUUCCAUGGGACCGACUUCAACUCCAUCCAAAAUGUCAAUCAUAAGGGAUUCAACCGGAGCUAUGCCGGGAAAAACGCGGCUGUUUACGGAAACGGAACUUAUUUCGCAGUAAAUGCAAAUUACUCUGCUAUUGAAACAUACUCCAACCCUGAUGGAUAUAAAGAGAGACACAUGUACCUGGCCCGGGUUCUCACCGGACUCUACUGUAAUGGACGCCGUGGGAUGAUAACGCCUCCAGCUAAAAAUGCAGCCAACUCCACCGACUGUUAUGACAGCGUGACGGAUAACGUCCAGAACCCUUCCAUGUUUGUGAUAUUUAAUGACGUCCAGGCCUACCCCGAAUAUCACAUCGUCUUCCAGUGAUGACCUAUGACUGUGUCCGGGGAUCACCCAGACCUCCGGGACAGAGACUCCGGAAAAUAACUGUAUUAGGGCUCAUUCACAUUUCCUUCAACUGUAACGUACAUUAAAAGCACCUACCAUUUCAA